GUUGUAGUGUCAUUUAAUGGCGUGUGUUCUGACAGUUCAGCUGUAGUGUAAUCCGUACUGUUGCGAAUUCUUUUUAGAAAAGAGUAUGUCUUACUCUGUGAAAAGUUUAGAAGAAGAAAAUCUGAAUGAUUCAUGGGUGGAUCUAAAUGUGAGUGGGGAAUUGAGUCGAGGAUCUGAUGGAAGCCAAAAGCGUUCUACCCCAAUAUCCUCUUUAAUUAGCAGUGGAAAGUUAGAGAAACUUCUCUGGGAAGCACAAAGAGAAAGUUGUCAUUCAUCACUUGGUGGAAGUGGAAUAUCUUCUCACAGAGAAAGUCCAAAGUCUCCUAGAAGUCCUACUGAAGAACAUGUUUUGGAAGAAAUGAUGCCAUGUCAGUUUGGUGUGGUUAGGAGACAUGGAAGUACUGAUUGGAUAUGGGACUGGAGCAGCAAACCUGAUCAAAGACCACCAAAAGAAUGGAAAUUGCAUCACCCAAAGCCCACCUUGAGUCUUCGAAAUUCCAAAGCUGCAAAAAGUGGAUUAUUUUCUACAGAAAUGCUAACGAUAAUCUUUUUCUCUAACCUACUUUCCGUGCUGAUUGGAACUGGCAUUGGACUGUACAUCAGCAAACGUAUUGGAAGUGAAUUUUUUCAAUGGAGUAGACACUGAAGAAGAAAUUUUACCUCAACUUUUUAAAAAUAUUGUUUAUAAUUUUAUUUUUAACAAUUGUUAUUGAACUAUGUAUUCUUUCAUUUUUGGUGUGUUGUCAUUUUUAUUUUCAAUGUACUUUUUUUUUUUCAAAUUUAUAUCAUUCAUUCUUUGAAUAUAUAAUGUGUACAUAAUCAUUCUUAUGUUUUGUUUUAAGGUAUAUAAACACGUGUAGAGAUAUAUGCAUUUGUUGUAAGUGUUUUUAAAGCUUAAUCCUGAUUGUGAAAAGCUUUUAAAAAUUAUUUGUUGUAAAAUUCUUGUGGCAUGAAAUUGCAAACUUACUGUCACAUUCGUUAAAUGCUUAUAAUAGGGAUUUGUGUAUUUUGACUGUUUUCAUAACAGAUUAUUGUUAUGCCAAUUAUGAAAACAUUAGGAUAUAUUUAAGAACAAAGUGAACACUUAUAGAAUUAGUUUUAAAACCUUCGGUGAACUCACAUGUUAACUUCUUAAUAAAUGAUAAAAGUGAAGUUUCCUAAGACAUUCAGAACCUUAAAAUGUUGUAUCUAAAGUUGUUAGAAGAGACAUUAAUUUAAGGCUAUUGAAGAUUUUCAUUGUAUCAUUUAUUUAAAUUUGAAUAGUUGCUAAUGAUUUCUAACUUUUUUUUUAAUGAAAUAGUUUCAGGGUAGUAAUAUUUGUUUUCCGGGAAGAUAAUUUAAAGCAGUGCAUCUUACUGUGCUACUAAGUGUCACAUAAUUUCAAAGUGAUUGGCAGGUAUAAAUGCUUUCGCGUAUCCCUUAAGUAUACAUGUAUGUUAUUGCAAAAGAGCUUUUUUUUAAUUUUAAAGUUAUGAAAAUAGUAGUGACAACUUGUUUUUUAUGAAUCUAGGAUAUAUUUGAAGCAUAGAUUAUAAUGAAAUCGGUUAAUGCAAUUUUUAGCCCUUAGAAUGAGCUCUAAGUUAGAAAUGCCUGAUGUACAGAACAAAUAAUCAUUUUCUUAAGGUAUGAUGCUUUCAAUGAACCUAACAAUUGUUAAGUCCCUCAGCAGUAAAUCCAAAACACAUUUUCCUUUUUCAUUUGAUGAAAAUAAUGCAGCAAGUUUCCUUCCCAUUGAAUGGGCAGUCAAUUUGUUUAUUGAAAUAAAUCAAAACCUUUACUAAAACCAUCUAGAAAAUUUUAAUUUGCUUUUUUUUUAACAUAGUGUUCGAUAUUUGGUCCUAAAAUGUUUUUUUUUUUUUUAAUAAUAAGAUGCAUGUGUUCCCUCUCUGCACCUAAUGAUCAGUUUGUUUCUUAAAAUGUGUAUAGCUUCUUUAAAUAUUUCUUAAAUGCUACUUACAGUUUUGAAAAAGUAGCAUGCAAAAAAAGCUAGAAUUUUAGUUACUUGCAAAAAUUUUACCAUACAAGAAAUUAUGUUGUAGUUUUUUACUUACAAUUUAUAGCAUAGCAUAAGUUACUUAGAAUGUGAAAAGUUUUAAUUGUAAAUAGUAAUUGAUAAUUUUGUUAUAGUAUAUUAGCUAUUAAAAUAAUUACAUAAUAUAGCUAUUAAAAUAAUUAUAUAAUAUAGCUAUUAUAAUAAUUAUAUAAUAUAGCUAUUAUAAUAAUUAUAUAAUAUAGCUAUUAUAAUAACUAUAUUAUAUAAUUUAUUACUCAUAAUAAGUGAUAAACCAAAAAAAUCCGCUUCAAAAUUCUUUAUUUCAUUUUGAGUACAAAAGUAUCUCUUCAUAUGCUUACAUAUACCCUCAAAUUAAUGUGAGGGAUAUGUACCAUAUCAAUGUACAGAAUGUCUCAUACCAGUGUAUACUUUUCUUACAGGUUCAUGUAGAUAACUAUUUCAUGAAUAUAAGAUAUAUUUUUAUAAAACUAUCUAAUAUCCAUUCUAAGCUUUAGCUUAUUGCUAUCCAUAAAAUUUCUUGCCCUUCCUUUCUUUUAUUUUCCCCCUUAUGUAAGAAUUUUCAUUUUUCUAAAAUUAGAAAAGGAUAUUUUUAUAUUGAGUAUGAGUUUUCUUUUUUACUAAUCCACAGACAUGAGAGAUUUAUAAAUUCAGAAACUCAUAUGUUUCUAUCCUAGAAAGCUUUGCAUUAUUUUCUAAGUUUGCUGUAAAAUUGUUUCUCUUUUUAAAAUGAAGCUUAUAUCUUGUUAUAGUUUUUAAUUGCAUGUUAAAUUUUAUUUUAGUUUUUAAUCCUAUGUUAUUUGUUUGAAAUAAUUUACUGUAACAUUCCUGUUGUUUUACCUGAAAAAUUCUAAUAUUAGCCUAAUUUAAUCCCCAAAGUAUUUGCUUUUUAAAAUUUAUUGCUAAUUGAAUAUAUUUAUUUAUAACAUUAUAAAUGCAUAGUAUUGUUUUUAUGCAAGAUAAGCUGGUUAUUCUCACUUGUGAUACAUAUUUCCUGUCAAAAAAAAUUAAUUCAUUCUAUUCUGAUUUUUUCUUUUGAUUUGUUUUUUUGAUUUUUGUGCGCUAGGAAUUGCUGUCAAAUACAUUUUCUUUGAUAUUGAUCACAUGAAUUCAGAAUCAUUAUUUGAGGUAAAUGUUAGCUGUUCUUAUAGUUACACAGAUCUGUUCUUUUAUAUUGUAUCAUGUUGUAAUUUCUAAGUCUACUAACUUUAAAACUAUUCAUUAGGCAUUAAAAUCUAUGAUUGAUUAGGAUAACAAGUAAAGUUUUUAUAACCAGAAGAAAAAAAAAAAUUUGACCUAUCAGCAGGUGGUUCAAAACAUAUUUGAACCCCAGCAAUAUUAAAUUUAAUGAUGUAGAUAUGCUUAUCAAUCAGAAAUGUAUGGCUAUGAAGCAGAUGUUUUGUGUUAUUUUUCUAAAUUAAAAAUUAAUGUUUUUGUGCUUUCAAAACAGCUGUAUUAACUUGAAUAUUUGUUCAACUUCAAAAUAAGUAAUUUGAGUUAGGUUAUUCGAAUUAAGAUUAAGCUAGCUCCGUUGAAGAUGCAUUAGAUUAAAUUUACAAUUCUGCUUAAUUGUAUAUUCUUGAUGCUAUACAAGAUAAGUUAGGAACAUCGCUGUAUUUGUAAGACUUUCAAAUGUUGUUAAUGUUCCUGUAAAUUUUCAGCGGUUUACAUUACAUAUUAAUAGCAACUUUCUGUUUUUUUGAAUUUAUUCCUUGGAUUUUGAUUUUUAGUAAUGCUUAUAAGAAACUUGUAAUGCAAUUCUUUUCACAUAUAUGUUUUUAUGCAAUCAACUUUGAGUUUGAUACAUAAAAUAUUUUUUUAAUGAUUUAUUGGUAAUCUGUACUUAAGUUAGUUUAUACUACUUUUAAUUUUUUUUUUUUUUAAUUUUACUGAAACUGUUUAUUUUUAAUUAUGUAUGCGUGUGGGUGUACAUUACAAAAGCCUUGCAUCCAUAGUAGACUCAUACUGGUUGAAAGUGGUACACAUAUGUCAACAGUUACGAUGAAGAACUAUGUAAUUACUGUUGAGUUGAACUUACCUGUUUCUUUGCAGUUACAGUCAAUGUAGUAUACUUGAAAUUCUAAUAUUUUGUUCAUUUCACUUGAACAAAUACUUUUACAGCAUUUCUUAUAAUGGUGAAUUUAUUUGAAGUUAGCUUAUUCUAAUUAAGGUUUCUCAAAAUUAACUGUUUAUAUUUUCUGUUUGCGUCACCUCUAUCCAAAAUAAAGACUACUAUUAUAAAGCAAACAGUUAGUGAAACUUAUUGAAACCAUAAUUUUAGGGUACACAAAUUCACUUCAUUUGUAAAAAAAUUUAAAAUUUUUCUUGCUUCUACUUGACCAGUAUGAUAGAGUUUAAUUGAAUAAUGCCUGUAGGCUUUUGAAUCAAGUACUUUGCAAGUUAUUAAUUUUUUUUAUUAUAUUACUUCAGACUUUAUAUAUAUUAUUGAUUUUCGAUGAAAUAGCAUGGAAUGUAACUCUCUUUUUGAGAUUAACUUCAUAUCAAGCAUGGUUUAUGCAUGCAAAUAUUUCAAAAAGAGCUCUUACUGCAUUAUUGAUGGCAUUUGGAAUGUAUAAGUGAUAGUUCAAAAAUAAAAUGUUCUAAUUGUU